CGGCCGCCGUAAAGCGAGGCGGGGAAGAUGGCGGCGCGCUGCGCGGGAGGUGCGGGUAGCGCCUGGGUGCGGGGCCUUCUCGGCUGGGUGCGGCCGGAGAGGUGGUUUGCAGCUGGUAGUGUUUUCCCGUUGUCAUGCAUCCACACAAGUACGUCCCUGCAGAAACUUGGGAAGUGGGAGAAAAAGAACAGGAUUGUUUACCCUCCUCAGCUGCCUGGGGAACCUCGCAGACCAGCUGAAAUAUAUCAUUGUCGGAGGGAAAUAAAAUACAGCAAAGAUAAGAUGUGGUAUCUGGCAAAACUGAUUAAAGGAAUGUCCAUUGAUCAAGCUCUUGCUCAGUUGGAAUUUAAUGAUAAAAAGGGAGCAAAGGUGAUUAAAGAGGUUCUCUUAGAGGCUCAGGAAAUGGCAGUAAGAAAUCACAAUGUGGAAUUCAAAUCAAAUUUAUAUAUAGCUGAGUCACUGGCAGGCAAAGGCCACUAUACAAAACGGAUCCGUUACCAUGGGAAAGGCAUGUUUGGCAUCAUGAAAAUCGUCAAGUGCCACUAUUUUGUGAAGUUGGUGGAAGGGCCUCCUCCUCCUCCAGAGCCACGAAAGACUGGUUUUGACCAAGCAAAAGAAUAUGUGCAACAGCUGCGCAAUAGAACCCUUGUUCACACACUGUGAUGGACUUUUGUGACUGUAUAGGUACUUCUUGUUUGACAAAGUAGUUAUGUAAAAUGAACCUAGAACGUUUUUAUUAUUUUUUGUUGCUGUUGGAGCUGGAUGAUGCAAGAAUGAUCCUAGAUCUCUUAUUUGUCAAGCCUAAGGUGUGCAAAAAUGUUGGAAGAGCAGCAACAGAUUCAACAGAUGUUGCUUUUUGAGUUACUUGGACCACAGCUUUCAACUUCCCUGUGCUAUCAAAUCCAGAGUAAACAAUACACUUAAAAUUUGCUGGGAAUUUUGUCAUGCAGUUCAUGCAACUCUGUUAUGUACGUUCAGCUCCAUUAUUGUAGACGUGUACAAUUGGCAGUCAGUCAGGUUGCAGGGUCACAAGUUGGAGUAAAUUUACCAGAACUGGACAUCGGAAAGUAGCCACAACAGUUCUACAUAACUGGCAUCAAUCUUGGAUUAUCAGGCAUCAAUUAAUGAUUCCUUUAUCUGGGCUGUAAUGCCACCUCCUUACUGUCUCUGUUGUGCUCUGUAGGCACUGUGGGGAGUGAAAAAUUCCAAGUACAGAUUUUGGUGGUGUCAGUAGGUGGCAUUGUUUAGUUUGUCAGGGAGGACGUGGUAGUGAAAACUUUCAGCACAUUGAAACCAUUCUGAAUUCUGACCAUGGCAUUAAUAGUCUGGUAUGUGUGUGGAGUUCAUGCUGUUCUCUGUGGAAACUCAAUAUGAGUAGUGAAGAGUGAACUAAUUAUACUGUCUGGGAACAAAUCACUUUUGUAAUGUUUUGGGAAGUAAAAUGCUGUAUGGAUUUAAUGUGGAAUGGCUUGUUGCAUACGUGAACCAGACUUCCAGUUCUAUGGAAAAAAAUAUAUGUAUCCUAUUUUUAUCAUUACUUUAAUUAAGAGAAGAAGUGGUGAAAACAUCUUCACACUCUCAUGUUUUCACCCAGAUGAAAAUCAGAUCAUGGACAUUGGCAUACAAAGAAUUAUAGUUGCUUGUUUAUGAAAAUAUCUGAUAUUUAGACCUUUUCAUUCUGAGAGCAUUAGUGGAAGAUAGAUUGCUUACCUCGUUUGGGUCUCUUUACCACACUGACUGAAAAUUUCAUCAGUGCUUGAGAGAUCGUAAAAGGACAGUUUGUAAGGAAACUAUUUCUUAGCUGUCCUAAUGGAAGUGGCCUGCAGCUGUUUCUUUUGGCUCUUGAAGAAACAAUCUUACAAUCCUAGAGUGUUAGGGGAUUGUGAAGUUACACAAGUAUGUACAUGGCUCCUACCACUAAUGGUGCUUAUUUGCCUUCUGUUCUUCUGUGGUGUGCUUGCAGGCGCAGUACUCGUUCUGAUGGAGGGUUGUCAGUGAUCUGGGAAAAGAUUAAAAAAUUGCAAGAUAAUCCAUA